GCUUUUUAAAUAUAUUAUAUUUACUUACAACUAAUGAAAACCUACAGAACUAUUAAUACUUAACAUUUUGUUUGUACAUAAUAUAUACGCAUGUUGCAACAGAAACGAUACGAGCAAAAACAAUGGUAGACAACGUCUUAAACGACAGACCCGACAGAGCUACAGCGGAAUGACAAGACCAAGACCAACUGAGAUGACCAUGUCAACAACAAAUUAUUCUUUACGAAAAUUACCAAAAGACUACCGGAUCAUCCCUAGACCUUCAUCAUAUGUACCUAUAACAAACACAGACAACUCUAGACAACGUAAGCGAUGCCUGUACGAAUCAAAAAUAUACCCGGGACUUAUGAUCCCAUGUCCUACUUCGCGAUAUCGAAUGCCUCCUUAUCGCCAACGUUAUCAAGAAAAUGAUGAAGUUUAUGAUCAGGUAGACGACGAAAACCCGGGGACAAAUGAAGAAAUUGAAUAUAAAGGGGAUUAUCCAGAGAAUCAUGAUAAUCGUGAGAAUCAGAACCAAGAUGAAUACGAAGAAGAAAAUCCACAACCACUAAAUGCUGAUGAGGAAUUUGAACAGUUAGUAACUAGAGUGAGAUGUAAGGGUAAAAAAUGUACUCAGAGCAAUAAUAGUAAAUACAAAAAUGAAGAAAAUGAAGAAAAUGAAGAAAAUGCAAGUCAAGAAAAUGAAUAUGAAAAUGAAAAUAUAAAUGAAAAUGAAAAUGAAAAUGAAAAUGAAAAUGAAAAUGAAAAUGAAAAUGAAAAUGGAAAUGUAAAUGAAGAAGAAGAAAGUCAAGAAGAAUCUCCUGAUUCUAAAGAAGAAGAGCAAAAGCCUUUACCUAAACCAAAACCUAAGCCAAAACCUAUUCCCAAACCUAAAGGAAUUAAUCCCAACCUUCAUCAUCCUUUAACAGUAGUUCAUAAUUACCAACCGGCAAAUUUCACAAAGAUUAAAAUUAGAAAUGAUGAUGGAACAGUCGUAAACAAAAAUAAAGACAAUGCCGAAGAAGAAGAAGAAGAAAACGAAGAAAAUAGUGAAGAAAGUAGACUUGAAGAUUUAGAAGAAUAUAAUGAAGGAGAUGACUUACAAGAUGAUGAAUAUUACUAUGAUGACGAAGAAGAAUAUGACCAAACACCAAAAAAACCCAAAAUACCUCAAAAACUAACUAAUAUAGAUGAUAUGAAAUUCAAAGGAGAAGGAGACGAACCUUCAGAAAGUAUAUCUAAAAAUACUGUACUAAAAAAUGUUUCAAAAACUAUCGAUUUACAUAAGCCACAUCAUUUGGAAUCGACUCAAACACCACAUAGACCAAAACCUUAUGAUUCAGCCGCAGAAGCUUACACCCGGGUAAAAGACAAAAAUAAACCUCAAGACCAACAGGUUAUGCAAAUGGCUAUUCAUGAAACUACGGUUGCUUUAAAUUUAAUCGACAAACAAAAUAAUAAAUACAAAUCGCCAACUAAGACUGACACAACAACGGUAUCGGCUAAAUAUAAGCCAAGACCAACUUUCCGACCAAACAUUUUAAAAAGGUGAGACUUUUACUAUGACUUAACAUGAACACAUUUUAGGCGUUCUUUAAUAAAAAUGUAUCACGUAAGUAGAAAAAUUUAAAGGUAAAAUAUUUUUAAACAAGUUUUACUUAUAAAGGACGCCUAAUUCAACGUAUAACUUUACUAAAACUUCAAUUUUUUUAAAUUAUCGUAGUAGAUUUAAUAAAAUUUGAACAUGUGACUCUCAUAAUAGAAGGCAUGCCUUAUAAACUAAUUUUAAUAUGAA